UUUAAGAUGGCGCCUGUGCUUCUGUUGUGUUGUAACUUUGAGUAAAAUGGUUCAGUGUUUCGCGCCCGAUUGCAAUCAUCAGUCCGAAAGAGAGACAUGCAAGUUUUCUAGGUUUCCCAGCGAAGGUAGUAGUGAAUUUAACCGGUGGAAAAAACUGCUAAGGAGACAAGAUCGAAAUCCGAGUCGAAACUCACGAGUAUGUAGCUGUCACUUUCGCGCAGGUUUGAAAGCAAAUGGCCCUGAAAUAUUCAAGAGAAAUUCAGAUAAAUUAUUUCCAAAUACUGAAACUAGAACUCCCAAGAUUUCUAACAAGAAAAAGAAAUCAAAGUUAGACGAUCAGGACGAUUUGGUAGUUGUGUCCGAGUUCGUGGAAAAGUUCAGUGAAAGUAUUGACGACUCUUCGUUGCAAAACGGGGCGGCAAAUGAACCGAGUGCACAAGAAGUGCUGGCAACAAAUGCCGAGAAUUUGAUAUUAAAGUCUGAAAUGGAGAAGCUGAGAGAAGA